UGGAGCGUCGCCGCGCUGCCGAUGAGGGGGCAUGACUGCUGCUAUCUGCCAGGCGGCGCUGCUUCCCCACGGCGAGUCGGCGACACGGUCGUUGUUUUUUUGCUGUGGCUGUGAUGAGAGAAGAAAGCCCCGUCCGACGUGUUGACCAGAUCCAACGGAUGUGCGAGGAUGAAUCCAACGACGUGUGACCCGACUGCUUUCCCAGGAAAUCAACGGAUGAUUUGUAGCAGUCGCCAUAGAUCAAAGUGGGAAAGCAUCCAUAGACGAUACACUCGGACUCGAUGCUGUCAAGUGUGAAUCAUUGACGACUACGGACGGACGAAAGUCGGUUGGUUUGUGGAGUGCAGGCGCACGCCGUGGAGCACAGUGCAGUGCUAGGCUGCUAGCCAUGCCGUGUGCCACGUGCAGACCCGACCCAGAGUCGACUCUGAGGACCUGACCUUGAGGCCCAGUUCUUUUAUCAGAGUCUGGGGAUUAUAAAAUAAAUGGGGCUUAAAGAUUCUGGAAGAAACUGAGUCGGGGUCGGAUUCUGUCAAAAGAACUGGCCUCACUCUCCUCCCUUACUGAACGCGCUCACUCACUCUCCGGCUCCGCUCGCUGUCAUUGGAGAGUGAAAAAGAGUAGAAAACCACCGGAGGAAGCAAGGUAUCCUAGCACUUUUGGCUCGAGGACGACGAUCGAGGAGGGAGGAGAGGGGAAGACGAUGCUGCACUUCAGCCAUCCUGUGGUGCACCCCUCCCCGCCGGUGGUGGUGCCGCCGCCGACGCAGGGGCAGGGGCAGGCGGAGGUGGAGAUGGUGCCGCCGGCGCAGGGGCAGGCGGUGCAGGUGGAGGGGGCGAACGGGGACGGGAACGCGCCUGCUGGCGUGAUCAUGAGGGACCCGUGGACUAGGUGCGGGCUCGUGUUCCGCCUCCUGCAGGCCGCCUUCGCGGCCGCCGCGCUCGCCGUCAUGGCGUCGACCGACGACUUCCCCUCCGUCACCACAUUCCGCUACCUCGUAGCAGCAGCAAGUGUGCAAUGCCUGUGGAGCCUCGCCGUGGCCAUUCUGGAUGCCUAUGCAAUUGUUGUCAAACGUUCCUUCCGAAUUGGCCGGGCUGUCAUCAUACUUGCCCUCGGGGACUGGGUCACAGGUACACUCAUCUUCAGUGCAGCGUGUGGAUCAGCAGCUAUCACCACUCUCCUUUCCAAUGAUUUCGGAGCUUGCUCGGUAAAUCCCUGUGCAAGCUUCAUGAACGCUACCGCCAUGGCUUUCUUGAGCUGGCUUGCGCGUGCACCGGCCUUUAUCGGGAACCUUUGGACGGCGGUCCACCGAAUUCAAAAAUCAUAGUUUGCGAAACGAGAAUCGGGCAUUUUGCGCGACCCCAUCCCGUUUCGUGACCAACUUGGACGCAUCGAUACAUCUAAUUAUAGCAUGACCAGGAAGCAACGGAUGGAUUCCCGUCGAACAACAUAUGCCAUCAAUGUUUCUGUAUAAAUUAGGUAGUAGCUUGAUGUUUGAAAGGGUGGUUGUGCUGCUCUGGAUUUUUCUUCUUCUUUUGAGGACAGUAUGACUUCUUAUUAUAUGAGGGUGGACUGCCGGUUCUGUUCUGGUGGGGAUGAACUGAUGGGUUACUUGUGUAGAGCUCAAGGUUGCUGAUACGCUAUAUCUUUUUAU